AUGUCAACCUCAACAACCACAACCACAACCCUCCUCCAAACCCUCACAAUAAGCACCUCCCUCCUCGCCUCCGGCGCCAUCGCCUCCCUCUCCCUCCUAACCAUCCCCCUCCUAACCGCCCUUCCCGCCUCAAGAUCCCUCCCCGCAACCCGCUGGCUCUUCAGUCGCGGCUCCCACAUCUUCCCACAAGCAGCCAGCAUCUCCAGCGCGGGCUUCGCUUAUCUGGCAUACACCUGCAUCCCGUCCCACACUUUUCAUCUUGUAGAUGUAUUUUCGUAUGGGAGGGAAGUGAACGGGUACCUGCUGGCCGCGGCGCUGACGCUGAGUAUUGGUCCGUUUACGGGCGUGAUGAUUCCGACGAAUUUUGAGCUUAUUGGGAGGAAUGAGGGGAGGGGUGGGAAGAGGAGUGAGGGGAGCGCGAGGGAGGGUGGUGGGGUUGGGAAGAGGAAGAGGAGUGCGGAGGCUUCGGUUGCGGGGACGGGAGAGGGGAGUGAGUUUACGGAUUUGAGUGGGCCGCAGGAGAAGGUUGAAGGGGGGACGGAGGAGGAGGAUGAGAGGGUUGUUGUGUUGCUGAGGAGAUUUCAGGUGUUGAAUUUUGUGAGGGCGGCGUUGAUUGGGGCUGGUGGGGUUGUUGGGCUCGUGGUUGCUUUGAGUUAG